AUGGUUGGCGACUGCUGUCUCAUUAUCCUCAUCCUUUUGCUCCCUCCUCUCGGUGUCUUUUUGAUGAAGGGAUGCAACUCUGAUUUCUGGAUCAACGUUUGCUUGACCAUUCUUGGUUAUUUGCCUGGUCACCUGCACGCCUUUUACGUGCUUGUCAAGGACCGAGAACAAAGACAACAACAGCAACAGAUCCCUCCUCCCCCACCUGGCUACGGUGCCGUUCCUACUCAACCACAAUAA